CCCAAUUUUAAUGGGGCAAUUGCAAUUUGCAAAGGGUGUAAAAGACAAAUUCCACUCCGCGCCUCUCUCCUGUUUCACGCUCACUCACUCCCUCCAAACUCCCAAUUCCCAACUCCUUAUCUCCCUUUCUCUUUCCUCACUCCCUCUGUGCACUCCUCCACCUUUUGGCAGUUGACACUCCCUUUCUCUUUCUCUCUCUACCUCUGCUCACUACUCACCACCCAUUUAUUUUUUAAAACCUCUGAAAUCUUCUUCAAGAGUACUCCUAUCUUAUCUUAUUUCCGUUUGUGGACCCAAAACAGCAUUGAUUGUGUGAAGAUCUAACACUCUCUAUUUCGAAACUUACGCCUUGUGUUGUGUUAAAGGGGAAGUUGAACUUCAUUAUGCAGACACCCAAAGCAAGCAGAGGAAGUCCCAAAGAGUCUCCUCAAAAAGUCUCUGCACGGCCAGUCAGACAGCUGAAGAUAAAUUCAAGUGAACCAAGCUCUCCAUCUCCUUCUAGUAAGGCAGCUGUUAAGACUCCUAAAGACAGAAGCCCAAAAGUUACUGAGAGAAGAUCUCCAAGGAGCCCAAUUCCAGAGCGAAAACGCCCAAGCAAAUUAUCGGCAUUAGAAUCGCAGAUUUCCAAACUUGAGGAUGAUCUGAAAAAAGUGAAAGACCAGCUUAUUACUUCUGAAUCAUCAAAAAAGGAGGCUCAGCAAGAUGCAGAGGAAGCAAAAAGGCAACUAGCCGAUAUUUCUGUACAACUGGAAGAAUCUCAGAAGCAACUUUCUCAAGCUCUUGCUUCCCAGGAAGGAACUGUUGUUUUUCAAAAUGAUUUAGACGAGCAAGAGUGGAAAUCUCAGAUUGAGUCUGUUCGUAACCAACACUCGAUUGAUUCGGCUGCUUUAGCGUCAGCCUUGGAUGAGAUUCAGAAACUCAAACUGCAACUUGAAAAGGUCACUGAUUCUGGUAGUUCACAAGCUGAGCAAAGCAAAAUUGCACAUGCGGAACUCAAAUACCUGAAAGAUAAGUUGGCUGAAACAUUCACUCUUCUUGAAAGUAUGAAACAAGAGCUAAAAGAAUCUAAAGAAUCCGAAGCGGAGGCUCAGAAUCUUGUCAGGGAAACUCUUAUCCAACUAGAAGCAGCCAAAGAGACUGUCAAUGCCCUCAGAUCAGAUGCCGUCAAAUCCGCUGAGGCCUAUGAUUCUGUUACUGCUGAACUAGAGAAGUCGAGGGCACAUGUAAGCUAUCUUGAGGGUGUUGUGAAAGGACUUAAUGCCGAUCUCAUGAAAUUCAGUAGUGUUAAUGCUGUUGAUAGCGUUGGCGAUCAGAUAAUGUCAGAAGAUGUCAGUCAGCUUCAAAUGGAGCUUAAAGCUGCACAGUCUGAGGUGAGGCAGCUCAAAGUUGCAUUAGAAGCUGCUGACAUAAGGUACAAUGAUGAACGUUCUCGCAGCACCAUGCAGUUAGAAAAUGCAUCUGGGCUCUUUACAAAUAUCAAGGAGCAAUCAAAUCUUAGAGAGGCUGAACUGGAAGCAGCGCUGAAGAAAGCGAGCGUGAAUAUUGAAGAGCUGAAGGCGAACCUGAUGGACAAAGAAACCGAAUUACAGGGAAUUUCAGAAGAGAAUGAAAGCUUGAGUAUGAAGCUUGAGAAAUCUCGGGCAUCCCAGAGAGAAGAGGAAAUCGAAGAUGAGCUUAGCAAAUUGAGGGAACAAGUGGCUGAUUUAAGGGCAAAUUUGAUGGACAAGGAGACAGAAGUACAGAGCGUAUUAGAGGAGAAUGAGAAGCUGAAGCUAGCGAUGAGUAAACAGGAAGUCGACAGGGGAACUGAUAAUGGUCAAGUUGCUGCUGCGGUAGAAGCAUCUCUUGCUGCUGAACAAGUUGCUAUCACCAAGCUCGGGUACAUGAUGGAAGAAGUCGAUAAAAGUAACAAGAAAGCAGCAAGGGUUGCUGAGCAGCUUGACGCAGCUCAAGCAACCAAUGCAGAAAUGGAGGCGGAGCUUAGAAAAAUUAAAGUGCAGUCUGAUCAGUGGAGAAAGGCGGCAGAAGCGGCUGCUUCUAUGCUUUCAAAUGGGAACAAUGGAAAAUAUGUGGAGCGGACGGGAUCAAUGCCUCUAGAUAACAAAUAUAGCCCUGUUGGGGGUAGACAUAGCUCCCCCUACUCGGACGACUAUGAUGAUGAUUCCUUCAAGAAGAAGAAUGGUAAUGUCUUGAAGAAGAUCGGAGUUUUGUGGAAGAAGCCACAGAAAUGAAAUGCAGAGACAGAAAUUGAAGAUUGCUUCUCGAGGUUCUCGCUUGAUGUAUCUGCAAUCUAGUACCCGGUGGCUUCGGAGAAUUUUGCAGCAUGCAAUAUGCAGUAAUAGUGUAUUGUGCUGCCUAAUGGAAAGACUUAUGUUUCCAUUCAAGAAUAUUUAUGUGAAUGUAUAUGUAAUGUGAUGUGUAUUAGGACUAGUUUGAGGGUGAUGUUGGUUUAUGUACUGACUGUAGUUUUGGUAAGCCAAAUAUGUAUAUCUGGUUUACUAACGAAACGUGUAACGGCAAAUUGCGCUGGUUAUGACUCAUGUAAGACCAGUUUGUGGAAAUCCAGUUGCAUAAUGAAAUCCUUGGUGAAACAA